AGUGCUCAACGAUAUUCGACGACGCCAAAUGCUGAGCGAUUAGCAAUACAAAUACGAAUGGCAAAAACUGUGCGAACGUAAUAAUCUAGGCGGUAUUUUAGUUAUCUCGGCAUUUGUGCUACCAGCGUUACUGAUGGCAAUAUUAGCGCUGCUGUAAGCGUGCACGUUUGAUAAGAUACCUGAUAAGAAAUGGUAGAUGUUAUGAAAGAUUUGAAGUGGGAAUUCGCAGUUACAUUCCUAAAAAUUCCCGCUAUAACACAACACUGUGACCAUUGUGAGUGCCACACUAAUUACCAAAAAGAGGAAGAAAUAGCAAAAGUUCUUAAGUUUGUUAUUUAUUGACUGCAUCAAAUAAUAAUAAUAAAUAGAUAGUAAAAUAGCUCAGUUUAACUAAAAUGGAUAUGCAUAAGUAUACAUUGCAGUCAAUACGACAAGAUUUGAUUGAUAACAAUUUACAGGUCAAAGCUAUAAUACAGGAUAUAUUAACAUAUCGUGGCAGUAUUCACGAAUUGGAGGCGUUAAAUGAAGCUGGACGUGCUAAAUUGGCGGCUUUGCGUAAAAGUAUACAACACCUCGAUGACUGGGCGCGAGAUACUGGUGAUGCCGAGUUGUGCAAGGAGGUGGACUCACACAGAGAUCAAUUUUCGAAGACAUUACAAGCAUUUCGAAAAGCAAAUAUUUCUACACGCAUAGAAAUUGAGAAGGCUAAUAGAGAGGAGCUAAUGGCUAUAACGGGUGAAAGCGAUUUGCGGCAAAGAACUGGUGCGGGAACACGUCACAAUCGUGGUAACUUGGUAUCACAGGAGAACAAUGUAACAGAGAAAAUGCUUGCCAUAUCACGACACCUGUCUGAAACAACCCAAAAAAGCGCUAUUACAUUGGAAACCUUGGUGGCGUCAUCGCAAAAUGUAGAAGCGACACGUGAUGAACUACAAAACACAGCCGGUUCGAUUUCGCAGUCUGGAAAGCUAUUAAAGAAAUAUGGACGUCGUGAGUGUACAGACAAGAUGUUGCUAUUUUUUGCAUUUGCAUUUUUCCUAGCUUGUGUCUUUUAUAUUGUGCAAAAACGUUUGUUUUAGACAUGAGAAAUUAUAAGUGACCCGGUUAAUGGCAAAUGAUAUAAAAAGUAGGUGAACUACCAUAUUUGUUAAACGUUUGUUUAGGGAAUUUACAUUUAAGGCAAUGUAUAGUAAAGGUUAUACUCGUAAUAUAGACUGUGUGAAGAUAUUCUAAAGGAAUGAGAAUUUAAUUUAGUAUAAUAUUAUUUAUAUAAAAUUUUACCUUACACAUACAUAUAUAUGUACCUAUAAAAUGGAAAAUAUAACAUAUGCAGCAGUUGUACACAA